GAAAACACAGUUUAUGGUAAUCAAACAUGGCAGAAUAAAUAUUUUAUCUUGAACACAAUCCAUGGCGUAAUCUCUUGUUUCCUUAGACAAUGAACGCGACCGCCAUGGUUCGCGCCACCGCGGCCGUGCAAUUUCCACUUCACCGUGUUCACUCCAGCGGAGACAAUUACACCGCCACCGUCGCCACCACUUCAGCAAUAGAAUGUCGGAAUCUCAGCUACUCCGUUAGGACUCGGCAGGGAAAUUUUGUCCCAGUUCUCACCGAUUGCUCUCUCAGCAUUCCAUCUGGACAGUUCUGGAUGCUUCUAGGCCCCAAUGGUUGCGGGAAAUCUACCCUUCUAAAGAUUUUGGGUGGUUUAUUGAAUCCAAGUGGUGGGUAUUUGCAUGUGAAGAAGCCCAGGAGUUUCGUAUUUCAGAAUCCUGAUCACCAGGUAGUUAUGCCCACUGUAGAGGUGGAUGUGGCGUUUGGCCUUGGCAAAUUCAGUAUGGCCAAUGAUGAGAUUACAUCUAGAGUGGCUAAAGCUUUGGAUGCCGUAGGCAUGCAUGAAUACUUGCAAAGACCAAUCCAGACCCUUAGUGGUGGUCAGAAGCAAAGGGUUGCUAUAGCUGGCGCUCUGGCGGAAGCAUGCAAAGUAUUGUUACUGGAUGAACUUACAUCAUUCUUGGAUGAAGAUGAUCAGGUUGGGGUUGUAAGAGCAGUUCAAAGCUCUGUGGCUAGUUCCAAAGGAACUACAGCAUUAUGGGUUACACACCGUUUAGAAGAACUCGAAUAUGCAGAUGGUGCCGUCUACAUGGAAGAUGGCAAGGUUGUUUUACAAGGCAAUGCUUCUACCAUAAAGAAUUUUGUUGAGUCUAAGCAAGCCUCUUACAUUAAGCAAAUUAAUUCUUGAGUAGUCACAAUGUCAUGUAUCUUUUCAUAUUUUUAAGCUCUACUUGUAUACCGAUAUCUACUUUCUCUUUACUCGACUUCAAUAGUGAAUCAAAAUCUGCCAUACAUUAAUUUGUAA